AGAGGGGCUGCAGCACGAGCUCCCAUAAAAUCCUGCAAUUUAUUGGCUUUCAUUGCAGUCGAGUCCAGACGCUUUAUCAUAGCGGAGUGUCGCUCUCAUUCACUUUUCUCCUAAGCCGUUAACCCUCCCUCAUACAGAAAUGGAAGACGAAAUUGCCGCCCUCGUUGUUGACAACGGAUCCGGUAUGUGCAAAGCUGGCUUUGCAGGAGACGAUGCCCCCCGGGCUGUCUUCCCCUCUAUUGUUGGACGUCCCAGACAUCAGGGUGUCAUGGUUGGCAUGGGUCAGAAAGACAGCUAUGUUGGUGAUGAGGCACAGAGCAAGAGAGGUAUCCUGACCCUGAAAUAUCCCAUUGAGCACGGUAUUGUCACCAACUGGGAUGACAUGGAGAAGAUUUGGCAUCACACCUUCUACAAUGAGCUGAGAGUCGCCCCUGAGGAGCAUCCAGUCCUACUCACAGAAGCCCCCCUCAACCCCAAGGCCAACAGGGAAAAGAUGACCCAGAUCAUGUUCGAGACCUUCAACACCCCCGCCAUGUAUGUGGCCAUCCAGGCUGUGCUGUCCCUGUACGCCUCUGGUCGUACCACUGGUAUUGUCAUGGACUCUGGUGAUGGUGUGACCCACACAGUGCCCAUCUACGAGGGCUACGCCCUGCCCCACGCCAUUCUCAGGUUGGACCUGGCUGGCCGGGACCUCACAGACUACCUCAUGAAGAUCCUGACCGAGAGGGGCUACAGCUUCACCACCACAGCCGAGCGUGAGAUUGUGCGUGACAUCAAGGAGAAGCUGUGUUAUGUUGCACUGGACUUUGAGCAAGAAAUGGGCACCGCUGCCUCCUCUUCAUCCCUGGAGAAGAGCUACGAGCUGCCUGACGGACAGGUCAUCACCAUUGGCAAUGAGAGGUUCCGUUGCCCCGAGUCUCUCUUCCAGCCCUCUUUCCUUGGCAUGGAAUCUUGUGGCAUCCACGAGACGACCUUCAACAGCAUCAUGAAGUGUGACGUCGACAUCCGUAAGGACCUGUAUGCCAACACAGUGCUGUCUGGUGGCACCACCAUGUACCCCGGCAUCGCUGACCGUAUGCAGAAGGAAAUCACUGCCCUGGCUCCCAGCACCAUGAAAAUCAAGAUCAUUGCCCCCCCAGAGAGGAAAUACUCUGUAUGGAUUGGAGGCUCCAUCCUGGCUUCUCUGUCCACCUUCCAGCAGAUGUGGAUCAGCAAGCAGGAGUACGAUGAGUCCGGCCCCAGCAUUGUCCACAGGAAGUGCUUCUAAAGAGACUGUCUAUUCCCACCCAUCCCCUGAACACACCGCUACAAACCUAAACGACUCUGGCUCUGCAUACAUGCCUAGCACACCAACACACUGGUGUGUGCUGAGCUCCCAACACCCCUUCCCAUUUUCCCUCAUCACUAUGGCUAUGGUACCAUGCCCCCUGAUGGGGGAGAAACUCUGCAGGAAGUGAUCUCACCAGAGCAUCCCAGGCGGUGUGUAUGUGUGUGAGGAACAUGAUGUCCAUUGUCGUGUUUGUGUAGGUCAUUCCAGAUGUCUGUUUGUUCACCACCUUAUUUGCCUCUAUGAAGGUUUAUUCCCUGGUUGGCCCACUGCCCAACAGACCUGUAGUAUUGCUUAAUAUGUAAAUUAUGUAAUCUGAAAUUUUUUUUUGUACUUUCAGCCUUAAAUGAUACUUGGUCCAGUUUGUUUUUGUCAUUAUGCAAAAGACAAAGCUUUUACCUUGUAUAGAGGUAUAAAAGGUUUGUGCAUGGGGCGCUAAGCCUCUUGUGUACACUGACGAAUAAGAAUCCAAUAAAGCGCACAUGUCUGAGACUCCA